ACGAGAGGCGACGCCGAACCCAACACGGCGUCUCCCCGUCGGUUCAGGGCCCGAUCACACGGCAACACUUGGACGCCGCAACGUCCCGCCCUUCUCCCCUUCUCCGCCCCCUCGAAUCCCCAGGAGUCGCGCGGUCUCCCACCACGCCCUUCUCCUCCCCACUCCAGCUGUCCAGCAUCGCCGAUUCGCCGCGGCAGCAACCCCUCACCGGGCACCGGCCAUGGGCGCGUCCUCCUCCACCGGCAACUCCUCCCUGGAGGCGCACGAGCAGCGGGGGCAGGAGUCCCUCGCCUCCGCCGCCCUCUCUCUCCCGCUGCUCCGCGCCGCCUUCUCCCGCUCCGCAGCCGCCGCCAACGUGCUGCCGGAUGCCCUCGCCCCGCCGCCCGCCGCCUUCCAAUCCGCCCACCUGCCACCCCACUUCCGCGACAUCCUAACUCGCCUCGGCCCCGCCAUCGCCUCCAUCUGCUUCGGCGACGGAGGCGCCACGGGUGCGGGGGACGAGGACGUCGGGUGGGUGGGCUUCCUCAGGGGGUUCAACCGCUGCUGCGCGCGUGUGCCGGCCUCGCGCUCGCUCGUGCUGCUUUUCCGCGUGUACGCCGCGGCCUGCGCCGGCGCAGGGGCUCCCUGCGGCGUGCAGUUCCAGCCGGACGAGGGCGGCAUCGGCGGUGACGAGGAGGGGAAGGUCGUGGGAGAGCUGGCGCCAGAGGAGAUCGCGGUUUUUCUCUGGAUGUGCUGGGUCAUGGCGUGGAGCGGUUCGGCCCCGAGAGUUGCGGGUGACGGAGGGGAAAAGUCGGAGCCCGUGGUGCUCCUCCCGGACGUGACGCACAUGGUGCUGUCGGCGCUCGUAUCCGCGGGCGCCGUCGCGGAUGACGCAGGUGUUUGGGGCUGGGAGAUUUCCAGCGGUGGGAAGGGGGUGAAGGUACACGACUUCACGUCGUGGGUGCUGUCCACGGCCGUGGGGUUUGGGUACUUCUUGUCGCGGUAUGUGCAGGAGAGGCUCCGGUCGUUGGCUGCUGAUCCGGUGGAGCAGGAGAGCUCUGUUUCAACUGUUAACAGGACCUUUGAUACGUCUGAUGUGUAUCUACUAACACGUGGAAGGGCAUGGGCAAUAUCUCUCAGCCUCAGAAACAAAUUGAGUGAAAAGUUCUUGUCAGCAUCUGUAAUUGGAAUGGACACAGAUGACCUUCUUUAUAGGUCAUCGGUUCAUGGAAAAGGACUGAGCCGGUUUUGGUCUUGUGUUGAGGGGUACAAUGGACCAAUGCUGAUUCUACUUUCAGCAUUAUCUAAUGGUGGUGGCGAGAAUGUUGAUUCUGAUCGAAGAUGGGUGCUUGGUGUAUUAACUGAGGAGGGGUUUGAGAGCCAAGGCACUUUCUAUGGUAGCUCUGGGUUUCUUUGCGCCACACAUCCAAUAUUCCGCAUGCUUCGGCCAUCUGGUAAGGAGAAGAACUUCAUUUACUGCCACGUACAUCCUCAGAUAAGGGUUUAUGAGGCAAAUCCAAAGCCUGUUGGCUUAGCAUUUGGCGGAACAAUUGGAAAUGAGAGGAUCUUUCUAGACGAGGACUUCUCUAAAGUAGUAGUUCGCCAUCAUGCUGUUGACAAAACUUACCAACAUGGUUCUCUCAUCCCCAACCAGGGUUAUUUACCUGUUGAGGCUUCAGUGCUUGAUGUUGAAGUAUGGGGACUUGGUGGAGAAACAACAAGACGGCUACAGGAUGUGUCCAAGAAGAGGGAGAAUAUUUUCUCAGAGCAGCGAAGAAAGGUUGAUCUCAAAACUUUUGGCAACUGGGAAGACUCUCCAGAGAAAAUGAUGAUGGAUAUGGUAUCCGAUCCAAACACAGUUCGUCGUGAAGACCGUUGAUCUUGUUUCAUGGCCAACUCAUUUGCUAAUGUCCAGUAGCUCCCCGUACAGAUAUGGACAUGGAAAUGGAUAAUACUAAAGCUCCAUGCCCUCUGGAGGUGUAUAGGGGUCGGUGCACGUAUUUGCUUGCCCAUUUGGCCGGGUCACUCGUCAUUUGGGUCAUGCAUUACAAAGACGGUUGUACAAAACAUCAUUUCCACAAUAAAAUUGAGAUUCUCUUUCUUUC